AUCCUUCUUUCUGUCACAGGAUAAAACAUGCUUGUAAGAAAGUGGUGCACUGAUGCCAGUUUAGAGGCCAACAGAAUUCAUGCACCCCCUUGGAGGAGUCACCGGCCUUGGACUUGUACUUUAUCAUGAAGAAAAAAUUGCAUCUGGACACUGACAAACUUGUGUAUCAAUCCUCCAGGCCUGCAAAAAAAUUAAUCAAGAAAUGGAGUAGGAAGAGUAUUCCUAUUUAGUCUCUCAAGCUAUUCCAGCAUCUCCAAACAAACGGCUUCUCUUUACUGUCUCUGGAGAGAAUCCUGUGUCUUUCAGGAGCUAACAUGAUGAAGUUGGCAGCUGCUUGGAAAAUGAAAAUGAUUAUUCAGCAAAGCAUUAAGCUUUAGUAAACUUUGCAUCAUGACAGAAAUCCCCACUCCUGCAGAGAGGGAUUUCAGAAGAUCUCACCAUUUGUGUUUGCAGGAUUAUUGCUCCUCUACAUUACAUUCAUAAACAUCAGCAUUAUACUGAAGUUCUUGUGUGGCAAAAAUUAGUCUCUGUAGAACAUUCCAAAGAUGAAUAAAAACAUGGUUUGGUACUUAGGCAGAUCUUUUCAUACAGGCUAGGAGAGAGAAAUUAGGAAAGGGAGAUGCUGAGCAUUGCCAUAUUGGAAUUAUUUAACUUGGGAAGCAAUGGGGGGCACAGGAUAGUUUUUCUAUCCUCCCUUUUGAAAUUACAAUGCAGGAAUUUGAUUUAGGAAAACACUGUGUUGCAUACGAUAAAAACACACAUUAGUCAAGAAAAGGAAUUUGCUGAAAUAAACUUAACAAAGUUAACCACUGGCUUUGCUGGCUUUUUUUUUUUUUCCAAUAAAUUCAUUGUAUCUUUCUGUCUACUACCUACAAUAUUCAGCUUCUGGUAAAAAUACGCAUUUUUUAGAAAGACACCAUCAGCACAGAGGAAUCUGAAAGAGGUUUGAGAGUUCUUCUCAACAGGUGCUGCGUAUAAGAAUCAGACAGACAAACAACUACACAUCUUCCAAAGCCAAAAUGUAUUUUUAGAUUGAAGGCUACCCUCUAGAAUAAUUUAAAAUAGCUCUCUAUCUUAGCAGAGGUUUAUGAUUAACAGGUAUGUUAUUUGUGCGUUCUACCAAUGCCUGUUAAUGCCCACAUUUGGAUCUUCAAAUUUUCCACUGUGUACUUUUUGUCUGGAGAAAACCUUGGACUAGAGAUAAGGCCAUUACCAAAAACGUAUUUCUAGCAGCUCCGACUUCCAGUUGGCCUGCCUGGGCUUGAGGUUGAAUCAAGACCAUGAAGUGCCUGCUGCUUCUCGCCUUUAUUGGGGUGGCUGUUGCCUUCCCCACCUUUGCUGAAGAUGAUGAUGACAAGAUUGUGGGAGGCUACACCUGUGCAGAGAACUCUGUGCCCUAUCAGGUGUCCCUGAAUUCUGGGUAUCACUUCUGUGGAGGCUCCCUCAUCAGCAGCCAGUGGGUCGUGUCAGCUGCUCACUGCUACAAAUCUCGCAUCCAAGUGCAGCUCGGGAAACACAACCUGGCUCUCACAGAAUCCACACAGCAGUUUAUCAACUCUGCUAAAGUCAUCCGCAACCCUGGCUACAGUGCCUACACCCUGGACAAUGACAUCAUGCUCAUCAAGCUGGCCACCCCAGCCCAGCUCACCAAAGCUGUCCAGACAAUUCCUCUGCCAACCAGCUGCGUGGCCACCGGCACCACCUGCCUGAUCUCUGGCUGGGGCAACACUCUCAGCAGUGGCACUAACUACCCAGACACCUUGCAGUGCCUGAAGGCUCCGGUCCUCUCCGCCGCCGACUGCUCUGAUUCCUACCCUGGGCAAAUUACCAAGAACAUGAUGUGUGUAGGAUUCCUGGAGGGAGGAAAAGACUCCUGCCAGGGAGAUUCCGGCGGUCCCGUGGUCUGCAAUGGAGAGCUCCAGGGCAUUGUUUCCUGGGGUAUCGGAUGUGCCCAGAGGGGCUAUCCUGGAGUUUACACCAAGGUUUGCAACUACGUCUCCUGGAUCCAGUCCACCAUAGCUGCCAACUGAGACACUCCUUUGGUGUGACCUGUAUUUUCUCAUCAUCAUUUCUGCUCUUUUGGGUCUGGACAAGCAAAAAUUAUGAAAAACUAAUAAAGACUUUCAGGCACCCCUA